CUCUAUAUGCUAGCUGCCUGUGAUUAGCCACGUCAUGUAAAGUUAGCAGUGGAGCACUUCUGAUAAAAAAGCAGCGAGUGUUCGCAGUGUGUUGGUGAUAUUAGCUCAUUCUUAAAGAGCAGCUUUUGUUUCAUGGUUAUAACUCGGUGUGAUCAUAUGGAAAGAUGUCAGACAUUGGGGACUGGUUCAGAAGCAUCCCUCUCAUCACCCGGUCCUGGUUUGCUGCUUCGAUUGCAGUUCCCUUCAUUGGAAAACUAGGACUGAUUGAUUUCAGGAACCUCAUGCUAUUUCCAGAGCUGGUCAUAAGCAAAUUUCAUCUCUGGAGACCAGUGACAGCCACCUUGUAUUUCCCUAUAACCCCUAAUACUGGGUUUCUGUACCUGGUCAACCUCUAUUUCCUCUACCACUACUCCAGUCGGUUAGAGACAGGGGCGUUUGAUGGCAGACCUGCAGACUACAUAUUCAUGCUCUUCUUCAACUGGAUCUGCAUUGUUAUAACCGGGAUGCUGAUGAACAUGCGGCUGCUGAUGAUCCCACUGAUCAUGUCGGUGCUCUACGUCUGGGCUCAGUUCAACAAAGACAUGGUCGUGUCCUUCUGGUUCGGAACACGGUUCAAGGCACAUUAUCUACCUUGGGUCAUUCUGGUUUUCAACUUCAUCAUCGGAGGCUCGUUUGUGAAUGAACUAACGGGGAACCUGGUGGGUCAUCUCUACUUCUUCCUCAUGUUCAAAUAUCCCAUGGACCUGGGAGGACGCGCCUUCCUCUCAACGCCAGAGUUCUUGUAUCGGUUCUUCCCCAACAGGAGGGGAGGAGUGUCGGGCUUUGGAGUCCCCCCCAGCAGACCAGCUGCCCAGGAGCAGGGAGGAGGAGGUGGGGGAGAAGGAGGGGGAGGGGGAAGAGGAAGAGGACGUCACAACUGGGGCGAAGGCUUCCGCCUGGGGGGUGAAUAAGCGGGGAGACGAGAGAGAGAGAGAGAGCUACCCCCCCCACCCCUCUUUUGCUCCCAAUAACAAAUGGUGUUGUUUCAGGUUAAAGUGCUUGCUUCCUCUCUUUUCUUUUGUCUGAGGGCAACCCUCGACUUAACAUUGAAUUCACAACUAUGUUUUAAAGGCUCAAAGGAGAUGAAAUCUGAGGAAGCACGCAUUUUAACCAAGAAAGCAGCGCACAGCAGGACUCUGACCAUAGGCUCAAUUAACUAUUACUACUACUGCGGGUGUGUCCAUGUGAAGCAGAUAGAAGGAAAUAUGAAUAAAUAUUUUUUUUUUUUUUUUAAUGUGAUGAUUCUUGCGCUCUCCUCCCCUUCUUCCUUAUUUUCACCCCGCUCCACCUUUUUCUCUACACCCUUCCAUUGGACUGUCGAGACCAGAGAUGUUGCAGCUGCACACUAGCUUGCUGUUAAUUCUGACUGGUGUUCCUGUCCUGUUCCCUCUCUCUCCGUGAUGCCAUAUCAGAUUACAUUGUAAUUACCAACGCACUGGGAGUGUGCUCUCAGCUGAACAUGGGCAAAGCUAUUUAGAGAGCACCGUUUCCAGGUCUGAUUUUACAUGGGUGUAAAAUGUUUUUAAGCCUUUGUGGCACAGACCUGAUCUUCUGUCUUAAGCUCUGAUCUUGACCGAAAUAAGGUGAAGAUGGGAUUUUUGCUCUUUUUGUAAAUAUAACGAUUGUUUAUUGAAAGGAUGAGCGAGUCUGAGUAAUUAUGGUACUAUCCAUGUCUCAAUCUUCUUCUCCAGAGUCAGGAGAGUUCAGCCAAUGAUGUGCCAGUGUGGCUGGUUGACAGACUAUACAAGUAUGAACAAUAUACAAUUAGGGCUGACACCAACUAUUAUUUUCCAUGUCAAUUAACUGCCAAUUAUUUUUUUGUCAUGAAUCACUUGUUUUAUAAAUGUCAGAAAAUGGUGA